CCAUUUUCUCCUUAUCUGCCGAUUUCUUAUACCUCCUCAUUUAUAACCCAAGCCCUUUUUUUUCCUUCUCCAUCUCCCGAUUUCCUCUGUUCCAGACCAUUUACCGUUGCUUCCAUCUCCUUCUUUCAAUCUCUUUUCUUCUUCAUUCUCACCCAAAAAGUACUUCUGCUUUGCUUAUCCUGAUCUUGCUGCUAUAUUGAAGCCCAAUUUCUGACAUCAAUCCUAGAUCUAGUGGUGUGCUCAGACCCAAUCGCUCAGUUUUCUGACAUCAAAUCCCAGAUCCAGUGUUGUGCAUCAAUCUCUAACCGGAAAUUUGAAUAUGAAAUGAUAAUGCGAUUGUGGGAAGUCUUAUGGACACAUUAUCUGUCAGAGCAUCUGCACCUGUAUGUGUGUUGCAAUUUUGAAGCGCCAUCGCAGCAAGAUAAUGGGAGAGCAAAUGGACUUCGACACCCUUUUUAAAUUCAUUAAUGAGUUGAGCGAUCAUAUUGACCUGGAUGCAAUCCUCCGGGAUGCAGAAGCUUUGUGCAUAUGUGCUGGAGAGAAUGGCGCUGCAUGCAUACCACCUGGAACUCCACCUUCAUUGCCUGUUGAUAAUGGUUCAUUAUAUCCUCAACCAAAUGAUGUAUUGUAAAUACAUGAUUGUGCCCUUUUUUCUACAGUAAUCUGUGAAAGAAAUUGUAUUGAGUUCUCAUGACUUGGUUGUUCUGCAAGUCUUGAAUAUUUCAAAGUCUGUAAAAAUAAAUUUUAGCCCUUCCUAUAAGAUGGUCCAUUAUGCAUAGCAAUUGUCUAUUUGCUGGUUUGCCGUUUACUGUGUUUGAUUUUUCUUGAUACUAACUUACUAGGCAUUUCAUUACUAGUUAAUAAAUAUAAAAAUUCCAU